ACAUUGUUGACAGUCGAUACUGAAACGUCAAAAAAACUCAAACAAAAAAAAAUAAUUCAAUAUAUCUCUUGUUUUUAGCCUGUGAAAAAUGUCUGUACGCACAGAUUUGUUGAAGGGAUUGCAAAAUUAUGCAAUAUUUGUGCCGCAAUUGACUAGGCCCGUUUUGCGUGUCUUAAUACAGGUGUCUGUACAUUAUAUCGAAAGUCGAGUAUGUGCACCGGAAAUUCUCGAUUUGGCAAUUACGAAACUAUCACAAACGGGAUUUGAGAUACCGGAAAAUUUUCGGGAACUAUUCUCCGUUAUACUCCAAGUAAUGCAAUUAUUUUUACGUACACCAAAAGGCAGUGUCCGUGAAGAAGAUCUACGCGAAUGUUUGAAACAACUUAAUUUCACUGAUGAAUGUAUCGGUGAUUUUUCAAAAGUUUUACUCAACUAUAGAGAGUCUCUAACGUUGAACUAUUGCGAUGUGAAAAGUAUGCGAUCACCGCCGAAACGUUUGCAAUGGUGUAUUAAUAUUUCAUUAAUGGACAGUGGCAUUGAACGUAUUGCUCAGCCAAUAAUCGUUCUUCAUAUAAUGAUGCAGAGUGGCGAAUACAAAACAUUCGAAAUUCCAAUCACAAUGUUUCAUCGUUUACGAUAUUUUGUCGCAUAUUUACUUAGAGAAUUCCAUAUGAUCGAAAGUCGACAGAAAAGUCGAAAAUGAAAUUCAAAAAAAAUUAUAUUAUGAAUAAGAUAUCUAGAAAAAUAUAAAUAUGUUCGUUGGUUAGAAUUAAACUUCAAUUAUUAAUAACGAUAA